AUGGGAAAUUUUUGUUUUCGAGAAGAAUAUGUUGAAAAUGAUGUAGUAAAAUUAAAAUUUGAUGAAGAUGAUCUUCAAGCAACAGCUAUUUCUAUAUAAGGUAGGGAGACAAAAUCUAUGGCUAAAUUAUCAGAUUUUAAGAGAAUAAAAAUGCUUGGUAAAGGUGCUUAUGGAAGAGUUAUGUUGGUUGAAUUUGAGAAAAAUGGGAAAUAAAAAUUAUAUGCGAUGAAGAUUUUGGAAAAAAAAAAUAUUAAGAAGGAAUCAUAAAUUAGACAUGUAUUAGAUGAAAGAAAAAUAUUAGAGAAAGCAAAUUCUAAUUUUGUUGUUAAGUAAUUUAUAAUUUGAGAUGUAAAUAGGUUAAGAUAUGCAUUUUAAAAUAAUUCUCGUCUUUAUUUUAUAGUUGAUUAUAUGUAAGGGGGAGAUUUAUAUUAUCAUAUAAAAUCAUAAUCAAGUGUUCCAGAUCAUUUUAUUAAAUUUUAUGCUGCAGAAAUAUUAUUUGGUCUACAACAUUUACAUUCUAUGAACAUAAUAUAUAGAGAUUUAAAACCUGAAAACAUUCUUGUUAAUUAAUCUGGACAUAUAAAAUUAUCUGAUUUUGGUCUCUCUAAAAUCCUUGAGAAUUAUAAUGAAAAAGCAAAAACUUGUUGUGGAACCAUAGAUUAUUUAGCACCUGAAGUAUUAGGAAGUGAUGGAUAUACUUAUACUUGUGAUUUUUAUAGUUUAGGAUGUUUGAUUUAUGAGAUGUAUUUUGGAAAGCCACCUUUUUAUAGUAGAGAUAAAAAAUAAAUGAUUUAAAAUAGAAGUGUGAGAUUAGUGCCAUUUUUAGAAUUGUGUUCUAAAGAUGCUAGAGAUUUACUUACAAAACUUCUUGAAGUUGAUGUAUGAUAUAUUUAUGAUGAUAAGCCAAGCAAGAGAUUAGGAAGAAAAGGUGCUUAAUAAAUUUUAGAUCAUGCUUUUUUUAAGGACUUAGAUUUAACAUUGAUGAAAGAAUUAAAAAUAUAGGCACCUAUAACUUUGAUAACACCAGAAAAUUAUAUUGAUUUUAGAAUUUUAAAGGAAAAAAUACCAAAGACUGCUUCUAAUAUAGAAAAAUUGAAAACAUUUGAGGGAUUUACUUAUUUUCAGAAAGAGAGUCAAGAUUCUUGA